AUGUCACGUAAAAAAUAUUAUGUGAAAGUAAUUUUGGACUUACACGCCGUCACCUGCCCUGGGGUUUGGUUGUGCACUCAUGGUUAUAUAGAAGUAACAAUCAAAACACUAGGGUACUACUUCCGUACUGGUGCUAUGGAACCACGAUUUCCUUUACUGUGUCACGACAAGUUUAUAAUGCAAGGAUAUUUUAAUACUGUUAAUUCAAUGGAAGACUUGGAACGCGUAUUAGCAGCGGAAGAAACAAAAUUUACGCUUUGGCAGAAUGGGCGACGCUUAGCGUAUUACCACGGCAAUUUAUCCGAUUUUAUGCGUCCCGGAAUACCAAGACUCAUCUGUAAACAUAAGAUUGAUGUCAAUUUACUGACAAAAACAACAAAAGCAUUUCCAGGUAUAAUCUCACCCAAAAUCGAAAUAUCUGCCUAGAUACGUGUACAAGAAAGAACUGCUGUGAACAGCGCCUACAAAAACCAACGACAUAAUUGUCAAAACGAUUUCGUUACACCGAUUCUCAACGCAAAUAUGGAAAGACCACAUAACAGACACAGCCUACAAUCGCCGAAUGGAAGUUGUUGCUUCGAUUACCUAGAGGAGCCGCGCAGGCAACGAACAGUUUGUCAUGCGAAAUGCAUGUGCGGCAGUCGGAGGUAUAAAUCUUAGAAUAACUUCAUCUGCACUUCUAUAUUUGUUAUAUGC